AUGCCUUUCAUUGAGAAACAACUGCAAAUCGCUAUCAACAAACUUUUAUCUUGGUGCGAUGAAAAUGGACACGCACUUUCUCCCGAGAAAAGUUGUUGUGUUCAUUUCUGUAGAAAGCGAAGUCUUCACCCAGAUCCUGUGGUCUAUAUCCGUAAUACUGCCAUUCCGGUUGUUGCAGAGAUGCGCUUUUUAGGAAUUAUUUUUGACAGAAAACUCACCUUCCUUCAACAUAUACUUCAUUUAAGGAAGGUAUGUGAGAAAAAACUCAAUAUUCUAAAAGUUCUAUCGAAUACAGCUUGGGGAGCGGAUCGACUUUCGUUACUUCGCAUUUAUCAAGCAUUGAUACUCUCGCGCAUUGAUUAUGGCUGCGAAGUAUACGGUUCUGCUCGAUCCAACAUUUUGCGAAGACUCGAUCCAUUGCACCACUCUGCUUUACGGAUCUGCACUGGAGCCUUCAGGACUUCACCAGUUCAGAGUUUGUACGUGAUUUCCCAUCAGAUACCUUUGCAUUUAAGGCGAAGAAAGCUAGCAGUUCGAUACUUCUUCCGCAUGCUUUCUCUUCCCAAACACCCAGUCCAGAAUUUGACGGUGCCUAUUAGUCUUCAUAGACUUUACAAUGCCCGUCCUUAUAAUAUUCUGCCUUUUCAUGAAAGAAUAAGGGUUGAUAUUCAGGAUUUGGGCCUUGGAAAUGUCGAGGUUCAUCCAGUUAACUUUUUAUCUUUCCCCCCUUGGGAUUAUCCAAUUUUUUCAUAUUUUAACCCUUUUUUGAAUUUUAAUAAAGCUACUACAUCUUCUGUAGUUUUCCAGCAGUUAUUUAAUUUUCAUCUUCAUCAACUUUCAACUUACAUACCGAUAUACACUGAUGGAUCAAAAUCCUCUCAAUCUGUCGGGUGUGGUAUUGUCUUUCCGGAGGUUACAUAUAGUUACCGUCUGCAUGAUUCGUGUUCUGUUUUGACUGCUGAACUAUCUGCAAUUUUGCAUCCUAUUGCAAUUGAUAUUCUUUGCUGUUUGAGAGAUCUUCAGACUAAGGGGUAUGACAUCCAGUUCAGAUGGAUUCCUAGUCAUGUUGGCAUAACCGGCAAUGAAGCGGCUGACAUUGCAGCCAAGGAGGCUAAGCAUAUUCUUCAGCGCUCUUGCCCACAUAUUGACCUUAUUAAUAUGUAUAGUGGUUAUAUUCUUUCAAUUUGGCAAGAAUCUUGGAAUCGUGAAACUGAAAACAAACUGCACUUUAUCAAGCCGACAAUUGGAGUGUGGCCUGCUGCUUCGGUUCGAUGGGCUGAUGUUGGGUCUCUGGUUUGUUGA